UUGAUAACCUACACAGCAACAGACUGGAAUUUGCCGAAGGUUGAACAACUUUUAAAACAGGUUUUCGAAUUCGUCGAUUUUGACAAGAAAGCGAAAGCCAGGAAGAGUUCCGACCGAUUAAAGAAAUGGUACGCACUGGAUAUAAAGAAAGUGAAAAAUCCGUGUCUGUCAGCAAUCUGCGAAACCCAAGUGACGUCAGAAGGUGCAUCAGAUGUCCGCACAACCUUUCAAACUGCCUGUGUGAAGACCAUGUCAUCUAAUGACCUGUCUCAGUACUUAAGAGUCUGGGCAGACGAAGAAGGUAUAGACCAAGAAUUUAUCCGUGUUGUUCAAAAUGAAAACAUCGAUGGAGAAGUACUGUUCGAGAUGACACAGGGUGAGAUAAACGACUUGUUCCCUAUCAUGAGCUUUGGUCACAGGAAGAAACUGUUCUUACUCAGCAAGCACGAAGGAAGAUCAAGGCUAAGCAGUGACUCACCAGAAAGAGAAGAAUUCGAAGAAGAGUUUUUGGCUGAAUUUAACAAAGUCACCAAACCCACAACUUCAUAUCGGCUACAUUCUGUUAUCCAUGACAAAUGCAAGUUUGUAACUAAUUUGAUUGACCGUGUCAGUCGGUUUGUACCAGCACAGGAUAAGACUGGAGAGGAUCUUCUCUCACAGAUUUCCAUGGAAACUGUCCGCUUUGCUGCCGCCUGCAUUAACAGUCGCACAAACGGAACAAUUCAUUUUGGCAUUUCGGAUAAAGGAGAUAUACAAGGCAUAAUUGUGGACAAAGAUAAAACUACAACAGAAAUGAAGAAAAUGCUGCUAGCAAGCACCUUUCCAGAUCAGCAUAGCAUGGUGGACCGAUGUGUUAGACCUCCCAGGUUUGUUGAAGUCAUUCAAGCUGAAAAUGACCUUCCUUUAUGCGUGGUCGAGGUUGAUGUUGUGCCCCUUUAUUCAAUAGUGGGCGACGAAGCAGUUUUUCUUUCCAUCUCGAAUGGACCUCGGUUAACAAAAAACAAAAGUACUAAGCUGUACAUUUUCAAAGGAGAUACAGUUUCUGAACUCACAGGAGAUGGCAUCCGCAAGUAUAUGUCGGAGAAGUGUAGGUUUUCCGAACAAAGGCGACAACAAGAGGAAACGUUUGUCAUUGAGCAAAAAAAGACACGUGUACCUAAUCUGCGUGACAAGUUCAUUGAGCUGUUUUGUGACGGAAAUGACACUCUAGAUGGUGGAAUAUACCCGUUUCUGUUGUGUGGCAAACCCGACGACAAAUCACGCCGCGAUAUAACAGCGGAAAAUUUUCACUUCUUGAAAAUGAUUGAAUGGCAGUUGAUAAUGGAUCUGGACGACAAAGGUAGCGAGGACAGCCUGUAUGGUGUCUAUGAAGAACAACAGGGUAAGACCACUCGAACUUUAACGUCGGAUGAGUUUGAUCCCCGUCUGUCCAAAGACAGCAGUGACCGUCUUGAGGAAAUAACCAACUCAAGCCUCCCGCCGUGGAUGUUUCUUAACGGCUACGCUUUGCAAGAUCAACAGGCAUUAUCUCCUCCCGACUGGAAAGCCAAAAGAUUCACAUAUUUUAAAGAGGUCCUGAGGCAUUUCUACACUGCGAUUCCCAAGGAUCGGGCAGUUGUUAUGAUCUUACUGUUGUCCAAAGACUAUGGAGUCAUGGCGGAUAUUCUUGCAGAUGAAAUUUACACAAAAUUUCAAGAUCAGUGGAUCGCCAUUGCAGAGGACGAUUCCAUAGCUGCCCCGUUGAAGCGAGAGCUAAUACGGCGAAAUGUUCACAAAUUAACUGUAGAGACUAGAUUUCUGGUGGGAAUUCCUUGGAAGCAUGUGUCUGAGCUUGUGAAACAACUAAAGGGUCCAGCAGACGAACAGAGAUGUUUACUGCCAACUUCAACAGGGGCCCCAUGUCAUCUGAAAGAAAAGUUAAAAAGCAGUCUUAUGGACAUCAACAUUUUAAGUCUGAAUCAGUGUCAAGGCACAGAGUUUCACGACGAACCAGAAAAGCUCAAACAGAAAGAAUGCAAGGAAGAAGAACAAUUUUACAAAGGAGGGGAGGUUUCGUGGUGGAACUUUUGGUUCAAGAAUCACGUUUGCCAGCGAAGGGAAUUCAGUAAAUUGACAGAGCAAGUUAAGGCUUCUUUGCAUGGAGACAUUCGUGAUGGCGAUAAAGUAGGACGAGUCCAUUUGUACCACCAACCGGGAGCAGGAUGUACAACUCUAUCGAAGCACGUUCUUUGGGAUUGUAGGUCUACGUAUCGUUGCUGCAUAGUCAAACGGAUCUCGGAACAAACUUGUGCACAAAUUGCAAAACUCUACGCGUUUGAGGAGGACGAAAAUCCACGACCUGUUCUUGUUUUGAUUGAUAACUUCCCAGAGGAAGAAAGAGUAGAUCAACUACAUGUUGAGCUGGAAGAGACAUGGCGCCAGAUAGCUAAGGGGACCCAAUCCUGUGGUGUUUUCUGUGUCCUGCUCAUCAGUUACAGGCGUAUGAAAGUGCCGUCAGACCACCAAAGCAAAUGGAUUUGGCUUACUCAUAAGCUUCACGAAGAAGAACUCUUGUGGUUUAAAGAAAAGCAUGCUACUCUGGAAAAACAUCACUUGGAGAACAAAGGAGUUGACCCCAACACGCUAAUUGCGUUCAACAUCCUGAAAGAAAAUUUCAACCCCGAAUACAUCUCCAGAACUGUUCAAGAAUUUCUACGAGGUAUCACGGAUAUGCGAGAGCAAAAGCUUCUGAAAUUUAUUUCCUUGAUAAAUUCAUUUGAUAUUGACUUCAGGCCAAUUCCUAUCCCUUGUUUUGAUCCUCUCAUGACACCUGGUCGACAACGGGGUAUGCUUAAGAGCAAUAGAUGGGAAGCAGAGCUCAGCUCUUCAAUGAAAAUUCUUCUGAUCAGGCUACCGACUCAGGGACUGAGAGGGGCAGUGCAAGGUUUACGCGUCUCUAGUUUUCUGUUAUCUAGAGAAAUUUUGCACAAAAUUUUGGACUCAAAACCAGAAACUGUUGCAGACGCUAUGCUUGGGUUACUCCAUGAACCCUUAUUGAAAAACCAUGAUAUUGCACAGGGAGAGCUUAUGAACAUCAUCAAGAACCUCGUUAAAAAGAGAGCUUGGUUACACAAAGGUAAAUGUACACAGUUUUCUCCUUUGGUAGAAGAAAUACGCCAAAAAGAAUCAAUUGAGGCUGCUGCACAUAUUAUGGAUACAGUGUAUGAGAAAACCGAUGACGCAAUGGUGGCCCAGCAGAUUGCACGGCUUUAUAUCGAAGCUGAAAACUGGCCCAAGGCGUCCAAGUACGCAGAAGAGUGCACUCGAAAGAAAUCUCAAAAUUCCUGUGUAUGGGACACCUAUGGGCAAGUAUUUAAAAGAAAACUUAAAGCAUGUUACGACAAUUCCAGAAAACAGUAUACAGAUGGCUCUCAUGCUUGUACAUGUGAGGAACUAGAGGCCAUUUGCGAUGGCUUUAAAGCUAUUGACAUAUUUAGACAAGAACAGAUGAUCAGCAGAACCGAGAAAACAAUGGUUGCAUUGAACACUGCAGGAUAUUUUGGGGAGGUACAGGUAACGACAAUAAUUCUAGACCUUUUGCGACUUUUGUCCCCUUUUGAAAACAAGGAAGUACUUCACAGGUUUUUGGUGGAAACCAACUAUUAUCCACCACUGGCAAAAAAAUCUCUCGGGCAAAACGUUUGCGAACGUUUGAAACUCCUUUGUAGAGAAUCAUCUGAAGCUUUGACAUUUUUAGAAGAAGAGUUUCUUCACCUCAAAGAUGGUGCCGUCAACGAUGACAGAAAGAAUGUCCAGAGGAAUAACAAACAGAAACUGAUAGCUUUAACAGAACAUCAUUUGAGCUACUUUGGUGAAGAGGACGAUUCAUCACCUGGGAACUUAACUCCAGAGGAAGCUGUAGAGUUUCGACGACGGAGAGUUAAAAGACUUGUGGGCUGGUCUUUUGGCAAAAUAUUAGAUGUGUCAUCUCAAGAAAAGGGAACACAUUCAUUACAACAGGCCCAAGAGUUUCUUCAUCAAAAUAUUACAUCAAAUUAUCAAACUGUUUUUGACUACAAAUGCCUGAUUGGUAUAGCCUUAACACAGUCUAUGAUCAACCAAAAGGUUGGAUACUCGUUGUGUGAUAUAAUUCGGUACAGCCAAGAAAUGUACGACAUGAUCAAAGAAAGUGAUCGAAUGGAGCUGGAGGCGUAUCUUUACUUUGUCAUGUUUAACUGGCCAAUGGAAGAUGGACAAGAUGAUAACCGCUGUCAUUCAGGCAAGCUGACGACAGCCAUUCUUAAAUGGAAGGAGGCAUUUUAUCAGAAAUACCCUGCCCAGAGUGAACAAAGACCUUACCGGAAAAAAGAGACCACAAUAUUCCAUCUGGGAAACGGAGUUGGACUUCAACAGUAUACACACUUCCGGCAGCUACAUGGCAACCAAAAAAUAAGAGGUGAGAAAUUCUGGACAAAUUUUGGGACCAUAAUGAAACUUCGGAUACUGGAUGGAAUUUUAUUGCGCGAGGGAGCAGAAGUCCAAUUCCAGGUUCGCUCAACUGAAGGUAAUGUCUCUCGUAUAAGCAUUCCGAGCGGCAUGCCAAUAUACGACAGGUCUUUGUGGAGCAAGCGGGUUUUCUUCUCUGUCGGCUUCAGUUGGUGCGGACCUAAAGCCUAUGGCAUCUCUUCUGAAGAUCCCAGAAAGAUGAUUUCGAGACAACCGAUGCCUUCACAAGCCGCCUGUCACCUUCCACGGCCGCAAAGAGUCAGUGUUAUUCCUCAUCGCAUUGGCUUAACUACUAUACUACUGCAUCAGCAGCUCCGACAUAUUGAUGACUUGAAGCGUAAGAAACAAUCCGGCAUUUGGCUUUCUGCAGACGAGUGGAGAUUGGUCAGGCAAGAGAGAGAGCUCCAGAUUCAGCGUGACAUUAUCAUGAAUCAGGCCCUCGAUGAGACUCAGUUGCCAUAUACCUAAGUGUGGAGGACGUCCGUUGAUAGGUACAGUCAACAAGGCGAAUGUGUCAACACAUCAUCAGUUUGAACAAGACUAAACUUUGAAAACUUGUCCUAUCAGAUGUUGAAAAUAUUUUUAUACGUAAGUUUGACUUUGCUGCGAUCUGUAGACAGGUAUUAUCUUUUAAGUAAAGUAAGAAAAUAUGUAUUAUAUUGUAUGUAUAGGUAUCGUCGUUUGUGUAACCAAAUUAAUCUGUCUGAUCAUAACUUCCCUACAUUUAUUAUCCCGUGUGGGACGUUUGUGUACUUGUAGGCGUUAUUCCUUGAGUAUAAUAAGUUGUAUACAAUUAUUGUUUUUGUGUCUGUAAUAGCCUGUCUAUAAUUCAUGCUUUAUGUGAGAUAAGCAUCAUGCAGGUUUUAUUCUGUGUGUGCAAUAGCCUGUCUAUAAUUUAUGCGGUGUGUAAAAUGAGCAGCUUACAGUUAUUAUUCGGUGUGUGCAAUAACCUGACCACAAUUUAUGCUGUGUGUAAAAUUAGCAGCUUACAGUUAUUAUUCUGUGUGUGCAAUAGCUUGUCUAUAAUUUAUGCGGUGUGUAAAAUGAGCAGCUUACAGUUAUUAUUCUGUGUGUGCAAUAACCUGACCACAAUUUAUGCUGUGUGUAAAAUGAGCAGCUUACAGUUAUUAUUCUGUGUGUGCAAUAACCUGACCACAAUUUAUGCUGUGUGUAAAAUUAGCAGCUUACAGUUAUUAUUCUGUGUGUGCAAUAGCUUGUCUAUAAUUUAUGCGGUGUGUAAAAUGAGCAGCUUACAGUUAUUAUUCUGUGUGUGCAAUAACCUGACCAAAAUUUAUGCUGUGUGUAAAAUUAGCAGCUUACAGUUAUUAUUCGGUGUGUGCAAUAGCUUGUCUAUAAUUUAUGCUGUGUGUAAAAUGAGCAGCUUACAGUUAUUAUUCGGUGUGUGCAAUAGCUUGUCUAUAAUUUAUGCUGUGUGUAAAAUGAGCAGCUUACAGUUAUUAUUCGGUGUGUGCAAUAACCUGACCACAAUUUAUGCUGUGUGUAAAAUUAGCAGCUUACAGUUAUUAUUCUGUGUGUGCAAUAGCUUGUCUAUAAUUUAUGCUGUGUGUAAAAUGAGCAGCUUACAGUUAUUAUUCGGUGUGUGCAAUAACCUGACCACAAUUUAUGCGGUGUGUAAAAUUAGCAGCUUACAGUUAUUAUUCUGUGUGUGCAAUAGCUUGUCUAUAAUUUAUGCAGUGUGUAAAAUAAGCAGCUUACAGUUAUUAUUCUGUGUGUGCAAUAACCUGACCACAAUUUAUGCUGUGUGUAAAAUUAGCAGCUUACAGUUAUUAUUCUCUUUGUGCAAUACGAUUCUGUGCUCCUUUUACUGAGAGUAAUACACAGGUAGACUUUGUAGUCCCACCGACAUGAUUUUGUGCGCCAUUUGCCUUGGGUAAUACACAGGUAGACUUUGAAGUCCCACCUACACGAUUUGUGCUCCUUUUACCGUGGGCAGACUUGGUAGUCCCACCGACACGGUUUUUGGGCUCCAUUUGCCGUGGGUAAUACACAGGUAAUAAAAACAUGAUUUUACACGAUUUUGUGCCCCUUUUACUGUGGGUAAUACACAGGUAGACUUUGUAGUCCCACCUACAAGAUUUUGUGCUCCUUUUACCGUGGGUAAUGUACAGGUAGACUUUGUAGUCCCAUGUGUGUGUUUCCUACUUAACGGUCCGCAUUCACACUGACAUAAUUUUGCUAACUGAUUUAUUUUGGGUAAUAUAUUUGUUGUUAUAUACGAUGGAUUUAAUUCUGAAAGCAGCUGUUUCCGGCAUGUAGUGCAAAUAACAUGAUUUUUUAAGCCGCUAAACGGUGGUAAUGCAGCAGGUGUGAUUCCACUGACAUACUUCUCUAAGUAUUAUAAUCAGUGAGUUAUGUAUUUUUGUAACCUGUAUCGUCCCAAUGCGAUCGAUCGUUGGACAAUGAGGUCGCGUGCUAGAAUCGACCCUUCCGUCGCUCUCUCAGCGCAGAUUUGUUAGGCAUGUGACCCAAGGCUACCGUUUAAUCCUCAUUAUAUCCGGAUUUCUCUACCCUUGUAUCUAUACCAUAAUAAUCAGACCCCUGAUUGUAUAGGUGAAACGAGUUUUAAUAAAUACUAGAUAUGCAUGUUGUGGAAGACUAUUUCUUAUAUAUAUCAAUCUUCGAAGUAAACUUGUGAAAAUAGACAAUAUGUACAUACCGCGAAAACCUGUCGGUAAAAACCUGUUCACGACAUCUACAACAUCAACUAAAAGGAAUAAAUGUCAUGCCUCAUGCAGCAAAAACAUUUGCAUAAAAAGUUAACGUGUAACAGCUUGUUGAACAAUAUUUGGGCUUAACCUUGAUUAAUCAAUUGUAAAUAGUUCCACUGUAAUCAAGUACGUGUAAAUGUAUAUGUAUGUGCAGCUGACAUAAAUUUGUAAGCUUGUAAUAUAGAGUGAGAAAUAUACAUGCAUUACUCUGGAAUUCUACCGACUUGGUUGUAACUUUCUUCACCAAGCUAAUAUAUAUAUAAUUGACUAUGUAGUCAUUAUUGACAUCAUUUUGUUAGGUUCUUCCCCCGGUUAUUGGUUUGUUGCUUAUGUUGCCAGAUUGACAUGAUUUUCUUAGGUUCUUCCCCAGGUUAUAUGUUUGUUGCCUAUGUUGCCACAUUGAUAUGACUUUGUUAGAUUCUUCCCUUGGUUAUAUGUUUGUUGCCUAUGUUGCCACAUUGACAUGAUUUUGUUUGGUUGUAACUACGGUGACAUGUUUGUUGCCUUUAUUAACACAUUGACAUGAUAUUGUUCAGUUGUAGCUCCGGUGAUAUGUUUGUUGCCAUUAUUGAUACAUUGACAUGAUUUUGUUCUGUUGUAACUCCGGUGAUAUGUUUGUUGUCCCGUUGACAUGAUUUUGUUAGGUUGUAGUUGAAGUGAUAUGUCUAUCAUACCCGUGUUUUCCAAUUGACAUGAUUUUGUUAGGUGCAACCUCGAUGACAUAUGUUUCAUACCUGCGUUGCCCGAUUGACAGGAUUUUGUAAGUUUUUCAUCCCAGGUAAUAUAAAUGUUGCCUGUUUAUCACUAUUUUGUAAGCAUGUAAUCCUAGGCAAUACACCUCUGGCAGGUGUUGCUCCAAGGACAUCAUUUUGUAAACAUGUGACCUCUGCCAAUAUAUACCAACACACACUGAAAAUGCACAAUAUAGAAGGUAAUUUUUUUUUUAAAGAUUAGGCAAAACAAAUAUUUAUUUGAUUGAUUUAUUUGUUUGUGUUUAACGCCGUACCCAAAAAUAUUUCACUUAUACGAAGAAACCGGACAGAGCAAAGGGGAAAACCCACAACCGUAGGUUGCUGGAAAAACCUUCCCACAUAUGGCCGGAGAGGAAUCCAGCAUGCGCUGGACUCACAGUGACGGCAUUAGCGGAAGACUCAUUGCGUCGCUCUGGCGUGUUAAUCCCACUUGGCCGAGGAGGCCCUCAAAAGACAUACAUAUUGAGACAAACAAUUGUGAGUGGUAAGGGGGUGUUCUGAUGAGGGCAAUAUUUUUCUAUGGAUUGUCGACCGGUAAACAUUUGUUCUGUUGAUAAUUAACAUCCUUCAGUUUCAGGUAUUUCAGUAUAGGCCUAUAUGUUACCUACGUAGCCCCAAGGACGUGGCAUAUGAGGCACCACUAAUUUUGUAAGCCUGUAAUCGAUGGUGACAUACAUGUUAACUAUGUUUUUCUAGCGACUUGAUUUUGUAGGUGUAUAUCCCCCGGUAUAAUACGUAUUGCUUAUGUAGUCCUAUUGACAUCAUUUGCUAUGUUAUAUAUAUAUGUAACUGUUGCAAUAUACAUUUUGCCUAUAUAACCCUAUUCAGAUGAUUUUGUAAGUUUCUAACUCCCGGUAACAUACAGCAAUAUAUUCAUAUGUCGCCCAUUUGUCAUGAUUUUGUAAGCUCGUUAACCUGGGUUAUAUGUUGCCUAUGUCGCCCCCGUUGACACGAUUUUGUAAGCGUUUAAUGUCGGGUAAUAUAUACGCUGCCUAUGUAGCCCCACCGACGUGAUUUUGAAAGCCUAUAAUCGACGUGAUAAACGUGUUGCCAUUGUUCUGUAAAUUUUUAUGCCCAGGUUAUAAUCAUGAGGCCUGUGCUACGAACUGCUGACUUUGUAGCUAUGUGAAGUUAGAUCUGAGAUGAGCACAAGAGAACAACUGCUAACUUUGUUGCAUUGUAAAGUUAGAUCUUCGACGAGGGCAAGAGAACAACUGCUAAUUUUGUUGCAUUGUGCAAUUAGAUCUGGGACGAGGACAAGAUAAUAACUGCUAAUUUUGUUGCAUUGUGAAGUUAGAUCUGGGACGUGCACAAGAGAACAGCUACUAAGUUUGUUGCGUUGUGAAGUUAGAUCUGGACGAGUGCAAGAGAACAACAGGUAAUUUUGUUGCUCUGUGAAGUUAGAUCGGGGACCAGAGCAAGAGAAUCGUUCCUAAUUUUGUUGUUCUGUGAAGUUAGAACUGAGAAAGCCCAAGAAAGCCAUUGCUGACUUUGUUAUUCCGUGAUGUUAGAACUUGUACCAGAACAAGAGAACCGCUGCUGACUUUGUUGCAUUGUUACCAACAUUUUGUUGACUACAUUUUACCUUCAGUCAUGGAGUGAGUCAUGGUAGCGGCUUUUGAUAGGAUGGGAAAAAGAAUCGAUGUGCAUAAU